CGUCACGGGGCGGUGGCGUGGCGGGAGCGUGACUCAGCACGUGGCUGCGCUGACUCAGCGCCGGGUCCCGAUAAAGCCGCGGCGGCCGCGCCCGUCCGGGAUUCGGGUCUUUGUCGCUGUCCCCGCGACAGAGGAGCCAUGGAGCUCCCGUGGCUGGGCCAGCACUGCUCCGAGCGCACCUGCAAACAGCUGGAUUUCCUUCCUCUGAAAUGCAACGCAUGUGGGGAAGUCUUCUGUAAAGAUCACAUCCGUUAUGAUGACCACAAGUGCAGCUCUGCCUACAAGAAAAAUGUGCAGGUGCCAGUGUGUCCCCUCUGUAACACACCUAUCCCAGUGCAGAAAGGAGAAAUCCCAGAUAUUGUGGUCGGAGCCCACAUAGAUAAGGACUGCAAAUACAAUCCAGCACAGCACAAGAAGAUCUUCACAAACAAGUGCUUAAAGCCAGGCUGCAAAAGGAAAGAGAUGAUGAAGGUGGUUUGUGAGCAGUGUGGUGGCAGCUUCUGCAUAAAACAUCGGCAUCCUCUGGAUCACGACUGCAAAGGGAGCAGCCAGCCCAUCUCCAAGGCAGGGUGA